AUGCUGAGGCUAAGGUUUUUUGCCAAAGGAUUCUCUCGCUCGUUUUCAGAAUUUCCAAAUCACUACAACAUAGAAAAAGCUCGGAUAGAUCUAAAACUUGCAAGUGCUAAAAAUUUAGAUUCAUUUAUAAACGAUUUAGACUUGUCCAAAACUUCUCAUUCAAUGCUUGCAUACACACUGACGAAUGUUGAUACGCAAAAGCGAAAACUUGAAUCAGAAGUCUGAAAAAAGUUACAUAAAAUUAGAAACGAAGUGGAAGGGAACCUUGACAAACUUGAUUCUCAAGGUAUCGUCAAUUUUUGUGAGUGAUAUGCAAACCCUUAUCGUGUAGCCAAAGGAGCAUCUCUAACAAAAGAGAAGAAGAAAUUAUUAAUUGAUCGCAUAAAUGAGUAUAUAAUUAAUCGCUCUUUUGACCGAAAACAAAUUUUAUCAAUCCACGAAAAUUUGGCGCCUCAAGCGUUUAAAAUAGAAGAACUAGAAAAUGAAGUUGAAAAAAUUGCUAUGAGCAAAUUAAAUUUGGAAGAAAUUUCAAAAAUUUUGACUGGAACUGGAAGAUUAAUCUAUACUUCAAAGAAACGUAUUUUUUUCACUUGCAUGGAAAGAAUCCUUCAACUAAAUAAAGAAGAGCUUGAUGGAAGGCGCUUAGCCAAAAUUCUAGACGCUUUAGCUAUUAAAUGCCCUAUGAGCGUACAGAAUUGUUUAUCAGAUUUUUUAAAAUUUAUUGAAGAUAGUUUGCCUAGAUGAGAAGGAAAUGAUUUAUUAUCAGUAAUCAAGUUCUAUGAGAAUAGCAAUCCUUUCUAUUGGAGUACAUGCCAAACUGCAUUAUACAGACUGAAUACUUUGCUUAGUAAUGAUCAACCCAUACAUUUUAUAAUUGAAUUGACUUCUCUUUUAAAAAAACAAGCUAAAGCUCUACCUAUUGCUGAUAAAAUAAUUUUAAAAGGUUUGCAAAUAAUUAAGGAAAAAUUGUCGAAAGAAUCAAUAGACUCAGAAAAUAUUAAAAAAAUACUUAGGAUUAUAGGCCAAAAUAUUGAUUAUCAGACUGCACUUACAUUAGCACACCAGAUAAAUAGUAAAACCCUUUAUUUUCAAAAACGCAUGGAAAUAUUUGAAAAAGCAUCAUGAUUAUAUGUUAACAAAGAAGGAAAUCUUUUCCCUUUGACAGAUUUAAUUUCAAUUGAAAUUAACUAUAUAAGAAUUAAAAAUCUUGAAUAUCCUGAACAUCGCUGCAAAAUAGAUGCAUUAUUCAGCAUUAGUCAUACAAAUAAUUAUGAACUAUGGCUCAAGACAGCAUUUAGCUGACCUGAGUUGCUGACUUUCACUUCAACUCGAGGAGUUUGCUUGGAAAUUUUCGCUGCAAACCAAUUCUAUCAGUUCGAGCAAAAGCUGGUAGCCUAGGGCGAGCUAAAGCUAUCCUGAGGUAUAUAUGGACUGCAAAAAAUGAAAGAUUUACUUAUAGAUGACUUAAGAGAGUGAAUUACUUUAAGUGGUGACAAUACUAAACUUUUUAUGAAUAUUGUUCACAAUAAAGAAUAUAGUUCAAAGUUCUGUAGAGCAAUAAAACCUUUGCAAGCCACAGCUUUUCGCUCAUUAAAAAGAUUAUCGAAGGAAUGUAAUUCCUUAUUUUUUUCGAUUUUGCUUUAUGAGUGUGAUCCUGAAAAAUGAAAAGACUUUGUGAUCGAAAAUAAAAAUAACUUUUCAUUUGAAGAUAUCUUAAGAGCAAUAAGAUUCUAUCAAGGACCUUUUGAGGCAAUUAUAUUUUUACUAGAAGAGUAUAAAAAUAAGUUAGCUCCACGAUGGAUAGGUGCAGCUAUGGAUAGAAUUGUUGAAGUGGAAAAUGUUCAAGUCUUAAAUGAUUUUGCCCGUAUUUUAAACAAAAUAGACCCUCAUUAUUUAUUAAAUGAUGCAGGUAUAUUUUCUAGAAUAAAUAAAUUCAGUUAUCUACUUAGGAAUUCCGACUCUAGUUUGCUGAUAGAUUUAUUUGAUGGCGCAUUUAAAUUACUAAAAGACCUACCUAUUCAUUCUGUCCUUGGCAAUCAAAACAUCAGAAUACUCAGCUUAGUUUCACAAUUUGGCAAGCUAGAACCGGAAAUAGCUGAUUCUGUUUUAUCUAACUAUUCUUAUGUAAAUGAUAUUGAUAAAAUAGAGAUGCUGACUAUUUCUUCAAAAUCUACUGAUUUGGAGCUGAGAAAAAAUAUAAUCAAUAACGUUUUCAACAAGAUCAAUGAGAAAUUGAAUUUUCAUCUUCUUCCUUUGAUUAUUAGGGAAUAUUGAUAUCAUCCAAAUACAGAAAUUGAUAAUUAUAUUAUAGAUGCAUUGAAAAAAUUUGUUCCACUUUUAGGAAAAAACAGUGUCUGAAUUAUGGCAGAUGUAAUUAGCAAGCUUUCCCAAGUGAAUAUAAAUGAUCAUUUAGAGCUAUAUAAUGCAAUAUCAUCCUUACUAAAAGAAUUGGCUUUAAAUAAUGUUGGAAAAUUAUCAUAUCCAGAUUGUGAUAAAUUGCUGGAUUUAGCUCAUAAUAAUAUACCUAUGGAUCUUAAUUUUGCUCAAAUAAUAUCGGAGAACAGUAGGAAUUAUAAAUUAUUAGAUAAAGAGAGCAAAAGAGAACAUUUCAUUGAAAAAAUAAAAACAAUAGGAUUAUUUGACAAAAAUGCAGUUUUAGCAGUUUGUAAUAAGCAUGAUAAUUUUAGAACAGCUUAUUUAGCAGAAACUAUUUCAUGUUUGGCAGAAUUAAGAUUUGAAAAAGAGGCAUGGGCUAACCAAAUGGCUAAUGAAUUGAUAGAUUACGUGGAAGAUAAAAAGAUUUCAUUUGAAAAUGAUAAAGAGCACAUCAAUUGGAUAUAUGGGCUUGUUGCUUUUAAAGCUAAUAAAUUAGAAACUAUGAGACAUAUAGAAAACAGUAAAUAUUUUGACUGCGAAUUGCCAACUUUUAAGCACUUUUUACUGGAGAAUCACUUCAGCAUGGACCCAGAUUACGAAGGAGUGAGAUUUCUCAAUCAAGAAAUACACAAAUAUUGACAGGAUUUUGACUAUUUUAAGCAUUUUGGAAUCCAUAAGCCACUUAUCACACUUAUUGAAUCAUCAUUCAAUAAAGUCAAUCUUGAAAUACAAAUCGGAACAUUUUUUGACAAGAGUUGGGUACCUUUUUACAUUCCAAGCAAAAAGACAGCUUUAUGGCCAGUGACAAAAUCGGUUCUUUUGUAUCAAUCAAAUAAAGAAAGAGGAGAAUUUUUUAUGUACCGAAACCAAAUUCUUAGAAAGAUAAAAGAUUUUAAAAUCCUUAGUGAAGAAGAGGUGAAUAGUAUAGGAAAAAUAGAUAUGAAGCAAUUUCUUAAUUAA